AUGGAAGCAAUACUCCAGGUCCUCUGUUUCCCCAUACAAAGGAGAGACCUCUUCCCCAUCAAAGUUUCCCCACUCGACAUGGCCUUGACCUCUUUCGAUGACCAGUACAAGGGAUGUGCGGAGCAGAUGGAGGCUGAGCUGGCCGAGCUGAACCGCACGGAGUUCGCCCAAAACAGAGUCUAUGCUGAGGCCUGGGAAGAGGCCUCCUUCCAGUGGGAGGGGAGAAAAACCCCUUUGCCUGCAGGGCUCAAGCCCGAGUACGUCAUCGCCAUCAUGGCUUACACCAUCCAAGGGCGCCUCCACAGGGAUUUCAAUGCAGCCGUGAGGGAAGCCGGGCGCACGAGAGACUCUUACCUCAACAACUUCAACUUCAAGGCCCUUCAUUUCCUCCUGACGAGGGCCCUCCACGCCUUGGGGACCACCUCUCACCCCAGGUGCCAAAAGGUCUACCGUGGGGUGCGGAACAUCCGCUUCGUCUCUGAGCGCCUCAAGGCGGUCCGCUUUGGGCACUUCACGUCUUCAUCGCUGAAGAAUGAGAGUGCCCUUCAGUUUGGCACGGACACCUUCUUCACCAUCGAGACCUGCUACGGGGUCAACAUCAAGAACUUCUCCUUCUUCCCCGGCGAGGAAGAGGUCCUCAUCCCCCCGUUUGAGAAGUUCAAGGUGGCCAACUUCACCAAAGCCAAGGAGACGACAUACAUCCAUCUCCUCUCCCUCGAAGACUCCAGCGUCCACAACUGUGUCUUUGUGAAAGAGAAAAAGUGCAAGCCCCCGAGGUGCCGGACCAACUCAGGUGCAAGUCAGAGCCAUCUCUCUGCUGGUGUCCAAAUGUCCUUCUUUCUGUGGGUUUCCCUCCUCCUUGCUGGCACCCUGGGACCCCCAGGCCUCCUCUGAUUUCCAUGAUCAAACCUCUGCCUCUCCUCGGUCCUUCACAUAGUCCGCUCCUGGGGAAGCAAAACAGGAGCAAGUCGAGUGCGGCUGAGAGUGAACGUUAGUCUUUGCUUGAGUUAAGAGCCAAGAGGGUUGGCAACUGCAAAUAAUCCAUUUUCUAAACCCAGAGUGUGUUGCUGGCAAGAGCUCCACGGCAUUUCCCCCCAUUAUCCCUUUGCUGUUGCAGUAGCAAUUUAAAUGGUGUUAACAGACCCUCCAAUCAUCCCUAUUUUCCAGGAACACUGGAUUUACAGCAGACGUCCCGGUUUAUGAUUUGAUCCCGGAAUGUCUCACUUUCCCUUAGGAUGUCCCUAUUCUCAUCGGAGAAAUGUUGGAGGGUAUGGAGUCAUUCAACCCCCUGAGCCAAGGAGAUAAAGUAACUAGACAAGCUUUGGAAGACAUCUUCAUCAUCAUCAUUUUUAAUUUG